CUUCUGUCUGUUCUACAUCAAUUCUGAAGCCUUCCAGUUACACGGUACUUUUUCUUCUCUAGAAACAGUUUGAUAAGUGCCAUGGUGUCAGACAGGGAGCCAUAAUCUGACAUUGUUCUUUCGUACUAAAUGAAAAAUAAACUUUAGACGUCCAAAUUCUGAAGACAGAGGACAACCGUUAUACGAAAGGAUGAAGAUUACUUGGAAUGUUAUAACGACAUUCCUGUUUUUAGUUCAGGAAGUUUUUGGAAGUGAUUGCGGCGAAAGUGAUCAUGAGUUUCAGAAAAUAGGACGAAUUCUUCACCCUAAGAGUAAUGGUGGCUUCCUUCUGACCACCACGGCCAUUAAUGUGGAUUGUGCUUCUCAGUGUUGGCGGAAAGAGCAGUGCUGGUCAUACUAUCACAAUCCACAUGACCAGGCGUGUUUCCUCGCCUCCAGAUAUCAGACCGCUGUGCCGGACACGUCUUUCACAGAUACCAGUUCCAACUACUUUGACCUGUACAGGAAGCCAGGUGGGUACUCUACUUGCAAGGAACUUCAACUGGCCAACCCAAGCGCAACCGAUGGGGAUUAUUGGCUGUAUCCCACAGCAAGUCAUGUCCACUACAAUAUUGUCAAGAUGUACUGCUACGCCAUGGGGACCAGCAGUCCGCGAGAGUUUAUUACUCUACCCACGCCCAACCGAGGGGAAUAUCCAAAUGAGACUUACCAAAAAUGCCUUACUCAUGUCUACUCCCUAACGGGUUGCCCUGGAAGCCAGGGUGUCUAUAUCUACAGUAAAAUAGAGAUCGACCCAACUACCAUGAAUGUGAACAGGGCGACCAGAGCCUUCAUGACAGGUUCCGGGAAGUCACGUGACUACGCGUGGGUUGGAGAUUGUUACACUGAGCUUGACAAUAACUACACGUGCGGACCCAAAGGAACUUUCACCAUCAACACCUCCGGCACAGGUCUUAUUGUCGACCCAGCGCUGACGUGGAAGAGGGCAGGAUACAAGUCCAAAGUAGUGAUGACGAAGUCAGACGGUGACGCCGUCAUCAACCUCAUCUGCGGCGGAUACCCGGGCUCAUGUGCCCCUCUCUAUCAGAUGAAACUUUACAUCAGCACGGCAAACUAUGUGAAUCCUGCCAGCGCAACCUGGAUGACUUGAAUGCGCCGCCAUGACAACAUCCCGACUGCGAUGGAUUUGAACGCCGAGGAGUCUCAUUUACUUAACCCUAUUGAUAGCAAAUUAACUGCAGAGACAGGGAUGAGCUCACUGAAAUAGUUUGUGUGGUGUUUGGUAAAUGAGCCAAGGGAUGGAUGUGAAAGCAAGUCCAGUAGAAACUCCCAAAAAGGUGUCCACACCAUCCAUUAAUGCAUACGUCCAAUUUGUGGUGUACUCGCUCCUGACUGGUUCAAGCUGCCAUUUCCCUUGGAUUCAAACAUAUGUUAUCCACAAUGUAAAAGAGACAUGGAACCAGUUUUCCAACUGUCAACAUCUUUUCUCUAGUAGUUAAUAUAUUCUUGUGUUUUGA